UGUGCCAAGUGACAAGUGACUUGUGUAACAACUGUCAUUUUUUUUUUGUUUUGUUUUGCUUAUAGAUCGAGCCAUGGCCUCUAAAGCUCCGCCUUCUCUUCACGUUGUCUUAUUUCCGUUUAUGGCCAAAGGCCACAUGAUUCCAAUCUUCCAACUAGCGCGCCUUCUCCACCACCGUAAUGCCAUCGUCACGCUCUUCACCACCCCGGCUAACCACCCUUACGUCACCACUUCUCUAUCCGACACCCCAACAACCAUAAUAUCUCUUCCAUUUCCAAAGAAUAUCCCCGAUAUCCCUCCCGGUGUAGAGAGUAUAGACAAACUCCCAUCAUUGUCUCUAUUCUAUCCUUUCACUUCUUCAACAAAACUCAUGCAACCCGACUUUGAAAAGUCCGUCCAAUCAUUGAAACCGACGGUCACCUUUAUGGUAACUGACGGUUUCUUUGGCUGGACUUUAAAUUCAGCAAAUAAAUUCAACAUCCCGCGUCUCGUUUACUAUGGAAUGAGCAACUUUGCUAUAACCAUAUCUCGAGUAGUCAGUCAGAAGGCACAUAUCUUCCACGGGAAAUAUGACACUCACCAAAUCAGCGUGACAGAAUUCCCGUGGAUCACUGUUAGUGCUAUUGAGCUUGAGGAUACUUUAAUCAGUGAUGAGGACAAUAGCCCUUUCGGUAAGUGGUUGGUUGAAACAGUGCUCGCAACUUCAAGAAGCUAUGGUUUGAUUACCAAUAGCUUCUUGGAGCUAGAGCCUGUUUACUCUCGUUAUUGGAACUCUAAAUUCAAACCAAAAUCAUGGUCUGUGGGCCCUUUUUGUCUUGGACAAAAAUUAGCCAAGACAGAAGGUAUAUCCAGCCAAAGACCAUCAUGGAUGGUCUGGCUGGACGAAAAACUUCUGCAUGGAAGUCCAGUUUUAUAUCUGGCAUUUGGAUCACAAGCCGAGAUAUCUCUCGAACAAAUCAAAGAGAUUAAACUCGGGCUUGAAAGAUCCAGAGUAAACUUUUUAUGGGUAAUGAGAAAAUAUAAAAAUGGGCCCGAGACUAAGCCCGAACUUGAUUUUGAUGAUGGUUUCGAGGAGAGAGUCAAAGGAAAGGGGAUAGUGGUUCGAGAAUGGGUGAAUCAAAGAGAAAUUUUAGAGCAUGAGAUAGUGAAGGGGUUUGUGAGUCAUUGUGGAUGGAACUCAGUGUUAGAAAGUAUAUGUACGGCCGUGCCGAUUCUUGCAUGGCCAUUGUCGGCAGAACAGCCAUUGAAUGCAAAGUUUGUGGUGGAGGAACUAAAGAUUGGGGUAAGGGUGGAGACAUGUGAUGGAAGUAUGAAAGGUCUUGUGAAAUGGGAAGGAUUGGAAAAGAAGAUAGAAGAGUUGAUGGAUGGCGAGAAAGUAAAGGAGAUGAGAAACAAGGUGAAAAUGCUUAGUGUUGACGCCUUGAAGGCGGUGGAACACGGUGGUUCUUCAUGGCGGACACUGAAUGAGCUCAUUGAUGAGUUAAAAGUUGUCAAUUAAUUAAGAUAUAGGUACGUGGUCGACUUGAAAGAGUUGAUGUAUGACUGCAUGAGUAUGACCGUGCACUAAUUAUCGAAUAUAAAUAUCAAUCUAUGAAUAAUGUAUUUAUUAUUUUCGGAAAAUGGUGAAAUUAUAUUUUUAUAAA